AUGGCGAUGACCAUGAGCACUGCAACUACAACGGCAGCACUGCUCAAACCCAUGAUCACCACUCACCGCUUUCUCCUCCUCCAAACCAAAAGGCACGCUUCAAUUAUUACACAACAACAACGGGGGUCUCUUGUUGUUGCCAUCUCUGUCCUUCAAACUGAUCACUACUGUCAAAAACUAGUUGAUGAAUUUGACCCAAAUAUUCCUAUAGAGAAAGCCUUAACCCCACCUAGCUCAUGGUACACUGAUCCUUCUUUUUAUGACCUUGAACUCCAUCGUGUUUUCUAUAAAGGCUGGCAGGCUGUUGGAUAUACUGAACAGAUAAAGAAUCCUUAUGAUUUUUUCACUGGAAGAUUGGGAAAUGUAGAGUUUCUGGUGUGUCGAGAUGAUGAUGGCAAGAUUCAUGCUUUUCACAAUGUGUGUCGCCAUCAUGCCUCUCUUCUUGCAUCUGGAAAUGGGCAAAAGUCUUGUUUUGUAUGCCCUUAUCAUGGUUGGACAUAUGGGUUGGAUGGAGCACUUCUUAAAGCAACCAGGAUAACAGGGAUACAAAAUUUUGAUGUAAAUGAGUUUGGGCUUAAACCACUGAAGGUAGGCACUUGGGGUCCUUUUGUUCUCCUCAAUUUGGACAAAGAGAUUUUACCUCAGCAAGAAGUUGACAAUACAGUGGGGAGUGAAUGGCUUGGUAGCUGUUCAGAAUUACUUAGUGCAAGUGGAGUUGAUUCUUCUCUAAGCUAUCUUUGCAGGCGCGUAUACGAUAUUGAAUGUAACUGGAAGGUGUUCUGUGAUAAUUACUUAGAUGGUGGUUACCAUGUACCCUAUGCACAUAAAGGCCUUGCUUCUGGUCUUGAACUUAAUUCUUACUCCACAACGAUACAUGAAAAGGUUAGCAUCCAAAGUUGUGAUGGUGGCUCAACAGAAAGUGAAGAUGAUAUUGAUCGACUAGGGUCAAAAGCCUUAUAUGCUUUUAUUUAUCCAAACUUUAUGAUUAACAGGUAUGGACCAUGGAUGGACACUAAUCUGGUACUCCCACUAGGACCCAGGAAAUGCCAAGUGAUAUUUGACUACUUUAUUGAAGCUCAUCUCAAGGACGACAAAGAUUUCAUAGAGAGGAGUCUAGUUGACAGUGAAAGUGUGCAGAUAGAAGAUGUCGUGCUAUGCCAAGGUGUCCAGAGAGGUCUUGAAACACCAGCAUACUGUAGUGGCAGAUACGCUCCUGCAGUUGAGAACGCCAUGCACCAUUUCCAUCAAUUGCUUCACAAUAAUCUUAAGGAAUGA